GAGAGCGACCAUAUUGCUGCUAGUGGCGGAGGUAGGGUUGUUCUCCCCCCCGCCCCCCCACCGUAAAGGCCAAUCGAACGCCGUUCUUUUUACAUUUUUGUUUUAUAUGUUUAAACCAAACGUGGACGUCUGUGCCUUGGGCGGAAGCUCGUUUGGAAUUUAAGCGACAGAGGAGCGGGCGAACAACUUCACUUUUCCCCAUUCGAGCGAAUUCAGACCGGGGGGGAAGAAGGCGGAGGACUGGUAAUCCCGAAGGGGGUGGGAGAACGACGGAGGUUGGAAAUGGCCACUCAGGUGGAGGCUCCUCUCCUGCCGGGCAACUCGCUUAUCCAAGCGGAAGAGCACGGCAAAGUGAUCCGCGGCCAGCCAGAGCUGGAGGUCGACGGGGCCAAGCGGGGCCAGGCGGCGGGUGUCGCCGGGGAGGAGGAGGAGUGCUUCGGGAGCCCGACGGAGGCGGACUGUGACAGCGAGGCCAAGUCCGACGACGAGAGCGUUAAAAGCCGGAAGGAGUUUACCGACGCUCCCCCGCCCAAGGUGAACCCGUGGACUAGGAAAAUGAACGCGGUGACCGUGGUCAGCGUCAACGGACAAGCACAUCACGAGUCUACGGGUCUCGCCAAGGUGGUGAAAGCAGGCAACCCCCCCAAGGCCAGACGUGGAGGAAAGGUCGGGGACUUUUGCGACGCCAAUAGCUGGCCCACCCCGGGGGAGAUCGCAACUAAAGACAUGCAGAUCGAGGCAGUGACACGGACCGUGUCCUGCCCACCGACUGUCAGGCAGGUCAAAGACACGUGGAGAUCCACUGCCUACAAGAGGACGUCCACCAAGAAGGAUACGAAGGAGAAGCGCGAGAGCAACGAGGAGAGCAAGGAGAACCUGAAGACCAGCAAGUCGGACGACUCUGGAGAGGAGAAGAACGGAGACGACGACUCCCAGAAGAACGGGCAGAAGAAAAAAGGAAACAAACAAAAGUGGGUUCCCCUGAUGAUCGAAGGUCCCCGGGAGCGCUCGGCCUCCCGGAAUAACAGCAGGCAGAAUGAAAAUCCACGCCUGCCGCCCAACGCCAGGAACGACCUCCGAGACUGGCACAGUCAAAAGUACGAGCGGGAGUGGCGCGACGACCACGACGAGGUGUCGAGCGUGAAGAGCGAGGGGGCGCCAUUCCGCGGCGGCUUCAGGGGCCGCGGGCGCGGACGUGGAAGAGGCCGAGGCCGAGGACGAGGCCGAGGCCACUACGACUACCACCAAAGCUACAAGUUCUACGAUAUGAAAGACGGACCCUACGGCCAGAAGUACAGCAAUUCUGUCACCUACUACUACGACAACAUGAGCAGCAGCGACCUGUACUCUGUGGACCAGCACCUGCUCAAGGACUACAUCAAGAGGCAGAUUGAGUAUUACUUCAGCCUAGACAACCUGGAGCGCGACUUCUUCCUGCGCCGGAAGAUGGAUCAAGAAGGCUUCCUGCCUAUCGGACUGAUCGCCAGCUUCCACAGAGUGCAGGCCCUCACCACCGACGUCAACAUCAUUCUGGAAGCUCUGAAGGACAGCAAGGAAGUGGAAGUGAUCGACAUGAAGAUCCGUCGGAAGGUGGAGCCCGAGAAGUGGCCUCUGCCGGGCCUCACUGUGCCCAACCACACCGACUUCUCCCAACUCAUCAACUGCCCCGAGUUCGUCCCCAGGCAGCCCACCGAGGAGCCUACAGGGUCUCGCAGGGCCUCGACACAGACGCAACACCCACCCAAGCCCGAAUCCGACACGCCCUCCAACCUGAAGACAAUGCCCAAGGGCCUCUCCGCCAGCCUCCCUGACCUAGACUCUGAGUCCUGGAUCGAGGUCAAGAAGAGGCCCAGACCUUCGCCAGCUAGGCCCAAGGUCAGCCCAGAGAAGGCGCCCUCCUCACAGCAGCAGAGGGAAAAAGACGACGCCAGCCGCUCGCCACUCCCUCAGUCUGGCUCCUCGCCCUCUCCCGCCACCCCAGGAAACAAGGAGGGCGGCGAGCAGGACGAACCCGAGGAGCUGGACUUCAUGUUCGACGAGGAGAUGGAGCAGAUGGACGGUCGGCGCAACACCUUCACCGACUGGUCGGACGAGGACACGGACGGCGAGAUCAACGACCACGACGUCAACAAGAUCCUGAUCGUGACGCAGACGCCGCCCUACCUGCGCAAGCAUCCCGGCGGCGACCGCACGGGCCACCACACGUCGCGCGCUAAGCUCUCCAGCGAGCUGGUCAAGGUGAUCAAUGACGGCCUCUUCUACUACGAGCAGGACCUGUGGGACGACACGUAUGAGCCCGAGUACGCCACCAUCAAGCAAGAGGUGGAGAACUUCAAGAAGGUUCACCUGAUCAGCCGCGAACAGUUUGACUGCCUGACCCCCGAACCUCCCGUCGACCCCAACCAGGAAGUGCCCCCCGGCCCCCCGCAACCCCAGCAGAUCCCUACAGACGCCUUGGCAAACAAACUCUUCGGUGCCCCCGAGCCCUCGUCGAUAGCGCGGUCACUCCCCACGACCGUGCCCGAGUCGCCCAACUACCGCAGUGCCCGCACGCCCCGGACGCCGCGCACCCCUCACCGGAAGGACGCCACCAUGACGCCGCGCUUCUACCCAGUGGUCAAGGAAAGUCGGCCUGUUGACGCUAAGACCCCAAGGAAGCGAAAGACCCGGCACAGCUCCAACCCGCCCAUGGAGUGUCACGUCGGCUGGGUGAUGGAUUCCAGGGAGCAUCGUUCCAGAACUGCAUCCGUCAGCUCCAACGCCAGCCCGUCCGAGGGCACCCCUGCCUUGGGUAACGUGGUCUGCACGCCGCAGUCUCUCCCCAAGUUCCAGCAUCCAUCCCACGAGCUGCUCAAGGAGAACGGCUUCACGCAACACGUCUACCACAAGUACCGCCGGCGCUGCCUAAACGAGCGGAAGCGGCUCGGAAUCGGCCAGUCCCAAGAGAUGAACACGCUGUUCCGAUUCUGGUCUUUUUUCCUGCGGGAUCACUUCAACAGAAAGAUGUACGAGGAAUUCCGGCAGCUGGUGGUGGAGGAUGGCAAAGAAGGAUACAGGUACGGUUUGGAGUGCCUGUUCAGAUACUACAGCUACGGUUUGGAGAAGAAGUUCCGGCCGGAUAUCUUCAAGGACUUCCAGGAGGAGACCAUGAAAGACUACGAGGCUGGUCAGCUGUACGGACUGGAGAAGUUCUGGGCCUUCCUCAAAUAUUCCAAAGCCAAGGCCUUGGAGAUCGACCCCAAGCUGCAGGAGUGUCUGAGCAAGUUCAAGCGUCUGGAGGACUUCAGAAUUGACCCGCCAAUGGAGGAAGGAGGUCGCCGAAGACACUCGUCCAGCGGGGACAGCCGCCGCCGCCACCCCUCCCACCCUUCCAGUCGGCCCCACAGUCAGAACAGCUCCGGCUCCAGCCCCGUGGGCGCCACCGCCAAGGACGAUGUCAAACCCGACGCCAAGACGCUCAAGUAAAAACGCAACCGGGGCCCACACACGGAUAUCAAGUCACAUGCCGCCGGUUCUGGAGGGAGGCGAGGGCCACCACAUAAGCUCUCCUUUGACGCAUCACUAUCCUGGUUUUUUUUUUUUUUUUUUUCCCGAUGAUGACAUGCUUGACGGAUGAGUGUUAAAUUCUGAAUAUUUUUUUUUUUUUAUUCUUUUUUUUAAAUGAGGCAAGCAAGGAAUGAGGUGUCAAACACGUUUUGUUUUUUUCUUUGCAGAUCAUUGCCAGUCCACCAGGUGGACUUUUUUUUUUUUUACGGUUCUUUUACCAUCCACUAAUUGUUUCAUUAUCUCUCGAUUUUUAUUUUUUUUUGUUUGUUUUUGUUUUUUGUUUUGUUUUUUAAAUGGUGUAGCGGCAUCCGGAGACAAUUUUCCGAUGAGCAUGUGUGACGGACGACGGCCCUGCUGACGUGAGCGGACCAAAGCGCCUUCAAAACGAUAUUUGAUUUGCUGGAUUUUUUUUUUUUUUUUUUUUUUUUGGUGAGGAGGAGAAGAAAAAAAACAAAUGCUUAAAAAAAUAAUAGAGGAGGAGAAACAGACUUGGUUGAGAGUUGCCUUACUUUUAAUGGUUUUCCCGUUAUUUUUCGGAGCACGUUUUGCCAAACUGCUUGAACUGUCUUCCAAAUGUCAUUCGGGUCCUGUUACGAGUCCUGUGAGUCCCACCUUCGCUUUUGUCGUGUGGCUUUGUUCGUGCUUAAGCGCACCCGCGUCCCAUUGGAGGAGAUUCCCGGACCUUUUAGGGAGGGGCCGGGAAUCCUGACAUUGUUUUUGUGUGUCCCAUCCAUCAUCUUCAUCCAUCCAUCAAGGACUGGAAGAAUCAAUAAUCCGGAUUACUUGAAGAAGCAGGAAGGUGCCAAGUGCUCUGGGUGGAGAUCGGGGAUUUUUUUUUUGGGGUGGUGGGGUUUGCUCUUUCUGAUUGACCGCCCCACACAAACACAUGCAGCUCGGCUCCUCGUGGACGUCCUCCCUUCGAAAAUGUAAAUGUGAACUCGACCGAUGAAGAAGAGAACUUUUCGCCGGACGUAUUUCUGCCUUACACGUGUAUGUACUCAUUAACAUGUUAAUGCUUCUGGAUUUUGGCGGUAUCGUUAGUGUGACGGAGGCGGAAUUAUUUUUUUCCUGUUCCUUUUCCCUUUUCCAAUUGACGUCUGGAACAUCGAAUGUGUAUUUAAAGUGACAAAAGGGAACGAAAAAAAAGCUCAAGCGAAUCUUGUUUCAUGUUGAAAUUUGUUAACCACCCCCACCUUUUUCUUUCGUCGAUUGGCGCCUACCCCCACAGUUGGAUUUAAAUUUUUGGGGAACGCACAGUCUUAAAACAAAUCAGUCUACUUUCUACUUUUUUUCUUUUUUUUUUGGAGCCUUCCUGUCACGCAUUGGAAAAAGACUGCAUUUCUUUGCCUUCUGUUUUUUUGUGUACGUUCGUUGGAUGUUUUUGAUCUUCCAGUGCAAGCGGAGCCGGAUAUUCCCCCCCCCGCCCCCCCUUUCUUCUUCUUCAGGGAGACUUGGAUGAGUUUUACGAGGCUUACGAUGGAUACAUCAGUGUUUUGCGGAGGCUUGACAACAAAUGAGAGCCGGGAGAGGGGAGAAAAAAAAGGAUAUAUAGAUAAGUGAAAACUGCGUGGUUGGCUGCAGAUGCGCUCACUCCUCCUCCACCUGUCGGGACAUUUGGAGGAUUUCGGGGACCUUGCGGGAGUUGUUCACCCCCUUGAACAAACUCUAGGGGGCGCCGCACCCUCAACGCGAGCUGGCUGCAAAAUGGUGAAGUGGUGCUGAAGAUGCAACUCGGAAAAACAAUUUAAAAAGAGUGCAGCGGCGUGUGAGGAAUAUGGCUGGUUAUGAUGUCUGCAGAAUGAAAAAGUACAAAAAUGUCAUAAAGCCAUAUGAAAUAUAACAAAACAAACAAAAAAAACUGUAUAUGAAGCGUUGAAAUUGUUCACUGCAUCACUCGAAAAUAUCUUUAGGCUUGUUCAUGAGGAAAAAAAUGUGAAAACGACCAAAAAAAAGUGAGAAAAAAAGUAUAAAAUGGAAAAAAUGUAAACUACUUGAAUGAGAUCUUGUAUUAUAACAUUUAAUAUUCACUAUCCGCUUUGUAGGCUGAUGUGAUUCGCUAUUAUUAUUAGUGUUAUUUGUAAUUUGUAGUAAUUAUGCUUUUUCCUUUAAUAAAGAAAAAAAAAAACACAAAACGGACAAAAAAAACCUCAAAAACUUCGCCUGCCGAGUCAUCAUUUCCAAGCACGUGGUUUCAAAAUGAACACAUCUGUUGAGAGAUUUCUCAUUACAAUCAAUUUUUUUAAUGGUUUGGGACACGUGAACAUAAAAUACGCAAAUGGUUCAUUAUAAUUACAAUUUCUACACGGUUACACAUGAAGUACAUGGAGGUUUUUUUUUCCACCUCUUCCAAUCAAAGUCUGCAAAGUUCUGAUUGGAUGGCUCUAAAUCAUUUUUUGUAGGGUGUAUUAACACUGAUAGUUUUUUUCCCGAUCUUGGAAAACCGGAUGUCAAUCGGGAAUGUUAAAGCGGAGUUUGUGCAUACCGACAAUUUGAGCCACAUUCUUCAAUCAAAGUCAGUAAAGGUCUGAUUGUUGGAUGUCUCAGAUUAUCCUGAGUAAAUUAUUCUUGUGGUGUGGGGUAUUUAACCUCAAUGAUCUGCAGGCAAAACAAUUGGGGCUGACUGUCGUAAAUCUUAAAGCGGGGUAUACAGAUGCUAACAAAUGGGCCAAACUUAAGCGUUUUUCCUUCCUUCCGAUAAAGUCGGUAAUUCCGAUUAUCAGUUGUCUCAAAGUGUAUCCCAGUGGUGUGGGGUGUGUUCAGUGAAAAUUUUCCUCCCUGAUCUGCUUUGAAAAUAGUUGGGCACUCGUAAAUGUUAAACUUGUUCAAUAUUUACGAUAACUGCCUAUUUUCUACUUUUCACAGCAGUCUGGAGGCCCUGUGGAACUGUGUUGCCUCUCACAGGUCAGUCUUGGUACAACAACAGACAUCUGGUCUGUUGAGUAAACUCAUGAUUGUGGUGUGCUGUGUUGGUCAUUUUAAAUACACACCACACGAUAAGAGCAGUGGUGUCUCUCAGGGCUACUAAGGGGCACGGUCGUGGGCAGAUUUCACAGGAAGUUACCAGAACCAAACUGUGAAUGGCCGUCAGUAAAAACAAAGUGCAAACCGUAAUUAAGUUACAAAAAGUCUAAAACUGAUCAACAGGUUUUACAAAAAAAAAAAAAGAAUUAAGAUGGCUUCAAGUGACGCGUUGGGCAGUCACUGGCCCUUCUUGGGGGUGUCGGGGAUGCUCUCGGUGAGCGGGGUGAGUCCGGUGAGCAAGGUGUGGCGCUCGUACUGCUUGGUCUGCCGGAACUUGGCGUCGGUGCCGUGGAGGCGGUCCAGCACGCCGAACACGCCGAAACACUGGUUGUACCUGGAACAAAUGCUGUGAGUUAAAACCAAGCUACGCUGCCUCCGCUUUAAAAGACGCUGUACUGUGAUUACGGUGUAGUUAAGGAGUGACGUGAGAACACCCCUCGACCACAGUCUGAAUUUACAGUUAGCUAGUUUCUCUCAUUUUCAAGCAGAUUCUACUAUUCAAUAACAUCACAUAUCUACCAGGAAUGUUCUGCAGAAGGCUGACUGACCUGAGGUGGUGGAAGUCGUGGUAUUCUGGUGAGGGCAGGAAGGGCAGGUGGUAACCGCAGUGGGAGAUGGUGGUGCUGACCAGCGCCAGGCAGUACCACAUGCACGUGCUGGACACGUGCGAGCCCAGCAGCACGGGCCCCAUCACCACCG